ACACAGCUAAGGAGAACCAAACUAUGGAAAUUAUCAGAGGUAGUUUAGAUGACAUUUCCCGACCUGCAUCGAGUGACCAAACAGGUUGCCGUGUGUCCAGCGUGUCAUUACCUCAUACUGACAGAAUCUGUCCUACAACUCCCUUUGCCCUUGUUGUUUUGACCAACGAUGCUGCUGAUAUUCAGAUCCAAAGCAGCUCUGAAGAAACUAUAAUAUGUACCUCAGCCAGCGGUCCUGACCAAGGUCAGUGUCACGUUGAUGUUACGGAUGAAGAGAAGGAAGAUUCAGAACUACAACAAGCCAUUGAGGAAAUGAAACGACUUGAUGAAAUACUGUCUGCAAAGAUAAGCAAAGAAAAAGAAGUCAAACGUCAAAGGAAAGAACUUCAAACAAAACUCUGGCAAGAACUACUGCAGAAUAAGCCAGAAGGUCGGUCUGAAUGUGCCCAUGAAGCUUUGAACACAAGGCUGUUUUUGGCCCUUGAAGUACCCAGUGGGACAGAAGAAGAGGAGGACAGCGACUUUAUGCCUGUGUUUGAAACUCAGGUUCCUUACAGUGACCAUGACAGGCACAGCCAACAUUUGGAGCAGAGUGAAAAGAGGCCAAGCAGCUCAACAGAAUCAUUUGAGACUGGGGAAGAGCAAUUUGAAGGCAGCCACUGUGAAGCUUCCAAAGGCAAGAAAAAACAGAAGGACUUUGUCAAGAGAAACAUUGAGCUAGUAAAUGGUGAAGGGGGCCAAGUGCUUUUGACCCAGGCAGAGAAAGAGCGUCUGGCUGAGCUCCUCCGAGAAAUAGACAAAGAGGAAGAGGACAGUGCCAGAGGCGCAGACAGAGAGGAGGACAUGUGGGCUGUGUCAUUCUUGACAGGCCAAGGUUACACCCCAGAGCCCUCUGACCUGGAGCAGCUGAUUGACAUUGACUCCAAAAUGCGCCUCCUUCUUCCAGCUGAAGAAUUUCUCUCGGUUCAGAGCUCCUACACAAACUUUAGUGAGCCCCAGGGCCGUGGCUCAGAGGUUGGUUGGAAGUGCGCUGGGGACCCGCAGCCAGAAGAGAAGGUCCUGCAGGAUAUAAAGGAGAGGAGAGGGCAGGAGAGGCGGCUCCAAGAGAUCCAACAGCAGCUGGAGAUCCUGGGCCACAGCCAGGAGAUGACUGAAGAAUCUGCAGACCUUACAGAGGAGCAGUUACUUUGCCUGCUGGAUGAAUGUGAGCUGACAGAGAGCUGGGGCCUGGACCCUGAGACAACUGACACCACACCAUGA